UGUCUCUCGGCUUCCGUUGCGCAUCGAGCAAGAUGGCAGCCUCCGAGACGGUUAGGCUACGGCUUCAAUUUGAUUACCCGCCGCCGGCCACCCCGCAUUGCACGUCCUUCUGGCUUCUCAUCGACUUGAACAGAUGCCGAUUUGUCACGGAUCUCAUCAGUCUCAUCCGCCAGCGCUUCGGCUUCAGUUCUGGGGCCCUCCUGGGCCUCUACUUGGACGGGGGGCUCUUGCCCCCAGCCGAGAGCGCGCGCCUCGUACGAGACAACGACAGCCUCAGAGUUAAAUUAGAAGAGAGAGGAGUUGCUGACAGUCCUGUAGCAGUUAGUAAUGGUGACAGUACUCCUUUAGUGGCUAGAAAAGCCAAGAAGCGGGCAUUUAAGUCGGAGGAGGAUGAAGAAACCGAACUCGAUUGCAGAAAUUCAAAGAAGCCCUGGAAGAGGCACGAGAACAUCAACAGUGAGAAGAACUUGGACCUGGAACCAAAAGCUGUCACAGAUCAGAGUGGGAGUCAAAAAAACAAGAGGAGAAAUAAAACCACGUGUAGUGUCAUGGAUGAUGACAACGACGACGAUGGAGAGACCGAAAGAAAAUCGUCAAAGAAAAAGGAGAAACGUGAAUACAAAAAACAGGCAAAGACGCCCAAGGCUCCUAAAGCACAGUCGGUGAAAGAGUGGCCCAUCCAGAAGGGCACGUCCCCAAAAGGUCCUCCUGCUAGAAACAACCUGGUGAAAGCCAAAAGGAAAAGUGGCGCAAGCCUUCGAACAAAAGAUAGUCCCGCUUCCUCCUCAGAGUCCGAGUCUUCUGGCGAAUCCACCAGUGAUGGUCUCAGCAAUGUCAUCUCGGAGGUCCGACGUUCCUCGGGGAAAACGUCGACCGAGGUGUCAAAGGAAGGACCCUCUGUGCAAACCACAGCUGCAAACAAAGUGACGACAAAAGCUGGCUGUACCUCUGCGCCCAUCAAGGGCAAGACCACCGGCACAUCCUCGUCUAGUUCCGACUCAAGUUCCGAGUCCGAUGACCCGUGCGUGAGGGCCAAGAAUGCCCGCGAGUGUGCGGCGGAGUCCUUAAAGCCUGGAGGCUUCUUGACCGGAAGAGCGUGCCCAGGGCCAUCGUCGCAGAUUCCAAAUGCCCCUGGUGGCAGGCAGGCCCUUGGUCCUCCUCCCAACGUGACUGUCCCCACCAGUAUGGGAAGAGGCUGGGGCAGAGGAGAGGACCUUCUUUCUUGGAAGGGGGCGAGGGGUCGGGGGAUGCGGGGGCGAGGUCGAGGCCGGGGGCCCGCCGGUCCCUGUGUUUUAAAUAGAAAUGCUGAGUAUCAGAAGCAACAGCAAUUGAAUGAAAUGGUGACAAACUCCUCUACGAUUAUCCAGAAUCCCGUCGAGACACGGAAGAGGGACUACAGUCUCUUACCGCUGUUAGCAGCUGCCCCUCAAGUUGGAGAAAAGAUUGCAUUUAAGCUUUUGGAACUGACAUCCGAUUAUUUUCCUGAUAUCUCUGACUACAAGGAAGGAAAAAUAUUAAGCCAUAAUCCGGAGACCCAGCAAGUAGACAUAGAAAUUCUUUCAUCCUUACCUGCCAUGAAAGAACCUGGGAAAUUUGAUUUGGUUUAUCACAACGAAAAUGGAGCUGAGGUAGUGGAGUACGCUGUGACGCAGGAGAAGAGGAUCACCGUUUUUUGGAGAGAGUUAAUUGAUCCAAGACUGAUCAUUGAAUCUCCAAGUAACACGUAAAGCGUGGAGCCUGCCUGAGUAUGACCUCUCCACCUCAUGGUUUAUAAAUGUCUUAUUUGUGAAAGUGACUAUAACCUGAACUUUUUUUUUUUUUUUUUUUAAAGAAGAUUUGAGAGUUGUAUGCGUUUUUGGUUAUCUUCACUUUACUGCAUAGAAAAAACUACCUCAUUGUUUAAAAUAACAGGGGUGUUGCUUUUGUAGCACGUCCCCCCACCCCUUCCAGGCUUAAUUUUAGUAGCAAAAUCUAAAACAUGACGUCAUUCCUUCAGGCAUUGUUUAUAAAGCAAUAUGUAUGGUUUCUUCUCUCUCUCUCUCCCUUUUUUUUUUUUUAAACCAACAAGUAGCCAUCGUCAUUAGGAGUUUAUAAUACCAAGUACAAUAAAUGCUGCGUAUCUUGUCUUCAUAAGUUUUACUAAGUAAUACUUUAAACCACAAAAGCAUGUUGCUUAAUUUUUGUUCACUUAAGUUGUUCCCUUCAAGGUGGGACAUCUUAUACAUUUCAAGUAUUUGAUACUUGUAAUUGUCAAAAGUUGGCAGGUAGUUGGGUUUGUGGCAGGCGUUGAGUUACGGAAUCCUUUCACACUUUGCUCAGCUUCGGAAUGAAGGACUCUCAGGGCCUGCGGAGAGCAGUGGACAUAAGAGUUCCCGUGUGCCUGGGGAAGAACAGGGGCGCCACUCGGGUGAGAGGAUUGACCAUCAGCUCAGACCAGGGUUCUCUUCCUGCAAGAUCUUGAGCACCUGGCUAAGCGUGCUGGAGUGAGGAUCUCACACAGAAACUUCCUUUUCUGUUAUUAUUCACACAAAGUGCUAAAAAGGCUAAAAUAUAUACUGUGAAAAUUGUUUUAACAAAACAUCAGAUCCCUCCUUCAGCUUUGCAUAUUUUUAAAUAAAAUCGUAUUGAACUGAA